GAGGGAAAGAAAAAACCCAAAAUUGAACCGUCCGAUUCGUUUUCUCUGAACCAAGAGUCUGUGCUCGCCGCGGUGGACCAAGCCGGUCUCGCCCCCGUCGCCUUCUUCACGGCUCCGUCGCCUUCUUUACAGCUCCGAAAGCACACUGGUCACUGAGCAAGGAAGUGAGCAAAGUAAAUAAACUCAUAGAUGUCGUGCCCUCUCUAAACCCACACAAGACCCACCUGCGCCCAAUCGUAGGUUAUUCCGAGGAAAGUGAUUCAAUUGUUGAUUUGGAAAGUGGUGAGACCACAAGCGAAGAAGAUGGAAUUGAAGACUUGGAUGUGGGUGGUAAGCAUGCAAAGAAAAUGUUGAGUAGGCUGAGGAGUGGAUGUAUUAGUUUUGAUGGAUCAGUGGGGGAUAUUGAUGGAUUAGAUUCAACAAAGAUUGUAUUACAGCCUGAUGAGAAUUUGGAGAUAUUGGAAGGUGAGGUGGAAGGAAAGGCAGCGGGUAUGGUGAAGAUGAAAAUGGCAAGUGAGAAAAGGAAAAAGGCGAGCUCUAAGAAGCCUCCCAAGCCACCCCGUCCUCCUACUGGUCCGUUAUUGGAUGCAGCAGAUAUGAAGUUGGUCAGAGAAAUUUCUGAGCUUGCAAGAUUGAGGCGUGCAAGGAUUGAACGAAGGAAGGAAGUGAAAAAAAUGAGAGCAGAUAAAGCAUCAUCUUCAAACGGUAACCUUGUUGCAUUGGUCAUCACCAUGCUCUUCUUCUUUGUGAUAAUCUUCCAAGGAGUUUGCUUUAGAAGUGUUCAAGUAUUAGUCUCCACAUAUCCAAAGUCCGCAAUGAUAGUAGUUGGUGGUGAGAUUCAAGUUGAAUAGUCUAACACCCUUCUGCUAGGGGACCAAUGGACCUGAUUCUUGGAUCCCCAAGUAUGUUACUCUCUCUCCAUUUCAACUUUUAACGUAGAAAAACAUCUCUGCAAUUACUAACUCCAUUUUGGGGCUUCGUGUUGACAUCAUAGUAGUGUUUAUUGUUGAAGAAUGAGAACUUUGCAUAUCUGCAGAAAAUCUAAACUGUGUUGUCUUUAGGUCUUGCUUAAUCUUUUGUUCCAUGAGGUAUACUUUUGGUAGAUGCCGGAGUCUCUUACAGGUGUGGAUAAUUAAUAGAUCUUUUGGGCAGGAUCUGAUGAAAAUCUGGAUCCUGAUUUGUCCAUGUGUGGCAAAGUUAUCAAUCUUUGGUUUCACGGAAUAUAGCCAGUUUGGUCACAGUUAAUGUUAUCAUUCCCAUGGGGCACAAAGCACAUAGAGCUGGAUUCAAAUGGACUCUGGUGCAGGCUCGCGGCUUCAUCUAAUGGUGAAUAUGGCUGUUCAAAGUUCUAUUGUCCUGUGGCCAGACAUGGAGGAAAGAGGAACUUUUCCCCCAUUGUCCCCUCUGAUAAGAGAAUGUAAUAUCAGCAGAAACUAUUAUGAUGACAUUUCUUUUACAUACAAAAAAUAUCAUCAAAAACUAUAUUAUGUAUAGAUGAUAUGAAUUUUGUUGGGAACUUCAAUUUAUUUUUCUUCCAUUGUCCACAAUGAUAAGAGAAUGUAAUAGCAUCAUUAUAUGAUUUAUGCAUAAAGCAUGUGGCAUGUGGC